AUGAAUAGGGGGUGUGUUACACUGCCUGCUCCCCAGCUGGACCCUGGCAGCUCUCAGGACAUUCCCAAGUGCACAGACUGCAUGGAGAAAACUUCCCAAGGACAGGGGGGUGUAGCAGUGCUGCAGAGUGAUCCAACUGCAGCUGGUGUUCAAAAUAAAAGAGAACUUUCACCAAAAAAAACAGGGGAAAAUAUUUCAACAGGAAGGAAUCCUGCUGAAUUGGAAUGUAAAGUUAGUGAAGCUCAACGUGGAAAAAAAACCAGUAAAUCUUUUACAUCAUGGGCACAGAAGUUGAAACAAAACCAACCAAAAAGAACAAAUGCUGAAGAAGUGUGUGUGAACUCUAUGCAAGAAAAUGAGCAAGCAAAGAAAGUACCACUUGAGAAUACAAACCUUACAGAUGCUGCUUUGCCACCUUACACUUUUUACCUCAAUCAACCAAAGGAAAGUCCAAGUUCCAUAGUGUCUGAAGCUUCAGGACUUUCAUACUGGAAGCUAGAGGACAAGGAGAUGUAUCACUCCUUACCAGAGAAUUUCAGAAGCAAGUUUGCUGAUGUUUUCUCCACAAAAGUAUCAUCAGAUCAGUUGUCUUCUGCUGAUGAAACAAAGCUAUCAUCAUUGAAGGAUAUCUAUCAUAAAAGACAAAGGGAAAACAAGCAGCUGCCAGACCAGAAUUUUAUGCCUUCUUCCCUGUCAACUCAUCCACCAGAGGUCUUGACAUUGGACCCAACCCUACACGUGAAGCCAGGUCAGCAGAACCCAGGAUACUGUUUUUUCAAUAUUCCUGAGGAGAUGACUCCUUUUUCUCCAGACUCCAUGGCAGAGCCCGGAUUUUCAAGUCAUUGUGACACAGACUCUUUUUCACAGACAAGCAAUUCAUCUCGGUUGCACGAGUCUCCAAAAUACCCUGCCAGCAGCAGAGCUGUGCUUUUGGAUCCCUGGAGAAAUCACCCAUUCCAAAAUGAAAACAAGACCAGCUGUCCCUUUCCAAUGGCAUAUAUGGAUGCUAAUAAUGAUAAUUUAGUCAACACUGAGGAGGAAGACACCCUGACUCUGACUCCAUCUUCUGUUACUCAGUGUGCUGACAACAGUGUGCCAGAAUACAGUCUUUCAGUGACAUCUGUUGAAGAUCCUGUGAUAAUGUCAAACAUUAGGCAGAACUUGAGGGAAAAACAUGCUCGACACGUAGCUGAUCUACGAGCUUACUAUGACUCUGAGAUCCAGAGCUUGAAACAGCAGCUUGAGGCAAGCCAUAAAACUGCUUCAUCUGAAGACUUGAAGAACAUCAAUCAAAGUCUUGUUGACAGGUGUGACCAAUUAGAUGCAGCUCUGAAUGAAGCGAGUGCUCGCAUAAAAGCCCUUGAAAAUAAAAAUAGUAUGCUAGAAAAGCAAGUGGCAGAUUGGAGAGAACGUUUCUACACAGUCAGUGACACCUCCAAGGUUCUGCAGGAACGCCUGGAAGAAACACGCACGAGCAACAAGGAGAAGGACAACACCAUCAGCCGGCUCAAAUCGAGGCUUAGAGAUCUGGAGGAAGCAUUUGAGAAGGCUUACAAGUUGUCUGAUAAUAAAAAUGCCAGGCUCAAGGAAGAAAACAAAAUGUUUCAAAAUCUUUUAGGAGAGUAUGAGUCCCUUGGAAAAGAACAUGAAAGAGUAAAGGAUACGUUAAAUGCAACUGAAAACAAAUUACUUGAUGCAAACACACAGAUUUCGGAUUUGAAAAGGACAAUUUCAAAACUUGAAGCUCAACUCAAGCAGGUAGAACAUGAAAAUAUGCUGAAGCUUCGGCCUAUUACUGAAGGUCAUUUAAGAACCUCUUGUGCCAACAAAGUGGCAACUCCUGAUGUCAGCAGGCGAAAGUGGUUGAUACCAGGAGCAGAAUAUUCCAUCUUCACUGGCCAGCCUUUGGAAGGCCAGGAAAGCCCCAAAGACAACAGAUUAAAAGAAACCUAUAAUCCUUCCAGGCACCAUUCUCCUCCUGAAAAAGACUCCUCACAAGAAGACUCUUCAACAAACACAAUAGAAAAAGAAAAUGAGAUGUCAGAAGCACCAAUUAUAAAAGCCUUUAAAGAACUUGAAGAAGGAAGAGCAUUUAAAGAUUGGGGUACACAGACAGAGAAAGAAGACACAUCAGCUAAAACAUCAAAUCGACGUCAAACCGUUGGGUUUGCUGAAACUUCUUUCGUUGCCAACCGGUCCCCAGAGAAAGGUAGAGACCAACACAGACCCAAACGCUACAGCUCCCCCUCUGGCCAGAGGUCAUCCUCCCUUCCCCCUUCCAACAGGAAACCACAUAUUCCAACAGCAAGAGAGAUCAUGUUGGCACCACCAGUGUCUGUGACAUACAGCCCAAAACGAUCUCCAAAAGAAAACCUCUCUCCUGGAUUUAGCCAUUUGCUUAGCAAAAAUGAAAACACAGUGACAAGAUUUGAUAUACUUCUAGAUGACCUGGAGGCUGGUCCUACAUCUUCUUUACAGCACAAUAAUCCAAGGAAAAGGCUCCAGUUUCUCUCACUAGAUGAUGCAGAAGGAAGGCAGCACUCCGGGGUCAGCCCCAGCUCCUGUGCUGAAUCCCUCAAUACUGGGAUGAAGAAAGUGUCAGCGUUGGACGAGAGGAGCACGGCACAAAAAUAUGAGCCAGUGCUGUUACCUUGUGAGGGAGACUUCAAGUAUGCAGCAAGGAUUAAGACUCUGGCUGAAACAGAAAGGCUUUUUGAUGAGCUGACUCAAGAAAAGCAACAGAUUGAGGCUGCAUUGAGUCGAAUACCUUGUUCUGGGGGAAGAAUGACCUUGCAAGCAAGAUUGAAUCAGGAAGUCCUGGAAGAUCGUUUGGAGAGGAUCAAUAGGGAUCUGGGGUCAAUCCGCAUGACUCUGAAAAGGUUCCACGUUCUACGAACCUCUGCAAAUAUCUGA